CGGGCUGCCAAGAAGUUCACAGUCUCCCUUCACUGCCGCUGAAUUGCCUGCGUGCCCGACAGGGCAUACUUUCCUGCCAUCGAGAGAAUGGCCUGAGCCCUGGCAGCCUGUCAGACACUCCUGUGGCCCUCGGCUUCUCCCUUUGUUUAGGCAGAGCCUUAUUUGUGUAAUGAGUUGCUUUGUGACUUUUAUUAUGUCGUUCCAGAUCAUUUUCCCAUAGUGACUUUGAUUUGCCCCUGCCUUGGUGUUGGAGCCAAAAGUUGGAACUUUCCCCCCACCCCCCUCCUGUAUGUUUUUGAAGUACAAGAUAUGAUCUAGAAUUCCAUUGUUGAGCCUCUGACAUCACCAUGUGUGUGGUGUGGAAUGAAGAGAGGUGAAAGAUGGAUUCAUGAGACUAAGCGUGGGUGAUAAUGAACUCUGAAAACAUUUUAGAAAACAAUUAUGCUCAUUCUUCUUCUGGCCCACUUUAUUUGCAGAAUUCUUUGUCAUUGUUUGUUAGUCCCGCCGUCGCUGAGGCCCUUCUGUGCUUCUGGGUACAGAUGGCGAUGGAUGAAGUGGGCCACUCAGGCCUGGAGUUCAAAGGCUAAUAAUAAAGGGAGCACUUCCCCUGGGCCACGUGGCGUUCCAGGAGCUUGCCAGUGGUCGCUCUGUAUCUGUUUAUCCCUUCUGGCCAUUCCGGGAUCACACCUAAAAAACCCGGCCUUGCUGCUCUCCUGUGGCUUCUGAAUCCAGAGUGGCCCCCAUAAGGCAGCGUGUGACCGCUCCAUCCGGCGUUCAAGGCUGAAUGAAGGCUUUUUGGAAGCAGACUGCCUCAUCUGGUGACCUCAGACCGCCAGCCUUUCAGUUAGCCACCGAGGCACUAGAGCUCCCGGUUUCCUGGGAUAGGCUAUUAAUGUCGUCAUCAUCCCCACAUGACAGAUGAAGCUGAUGUGCAGACUGGUUAAUGAACUAAGUGACUACCGAAAAAAGCAAGACUACCUCAGAGCUCUCCGGAGGAAGGCUCUUGAAAAAAACCCAGAUGAGUUCUACUAUAAGAUGACUCGGGUUCAACUCCAGGAUGGAGUUCACAUUAUUAAAGAGACAAAGGAAGAAGCAACUCCCGAACAGCUGAAACUGAUGAAAACUCAGGAUUUGAAAUAUAUAGAAAUGAAAAGAGUGGCUGAAGCUAAGAAAAUCGAAAGAUUGAAAUCAGAGCUCCACCUGCUGGAUUUCCAGGGGAAGCAACAGAAUAAGCACGUGUUCUUUUUUGACACCAAAAGAGAAGUUGAGCAGUUCGAUGUUGCAACUCAUCUGCGAACAGCCCCGGAAUUGGUCGAUCGAGUCUUUAAUAGACCCACGAUAGAGACCCUGAAGAAGCAAAAAGUGAAAGGAGUUGCCCAUAAGGCUCAACUGAAGAGGAUUGCUAAACAAAGGCAAAAGCAAUAUAACCACCUGACACAGCGGAUUAAAAGAGAGAAGGAAUUGUUUGUUGUUGCGCAGAAAAUUCAAACACGCAAAGAUCUUCUGGAUAGAACGCAGAAGGUAAAGGUGAGGAGCGCAGCAGUGGACUCCCCGGCCAUCUACAAGUUCCAGAGCCGUCGGAGGCGGUGAUGUGUUUGCAGAUGAGCCUUGCUGUCCUGCUUGGACCGGAAUUCUGUUGUUGGUUUUUUUCCCUUCAGGAACUUCACAUUCCACGAUCCGAAUGGCAUGGCUUAUCUGUUUAUAGAUCUAAUGUAGUGUCGAUCUUAAGCUUGGAUGUUUUUCUAUAAACGGUGUUCAAGCCCC